AUGGAAGAGCUAAAGCAGCAAAUGGAAGCGCAAAUGGCGCUGAUACAGCAGUUACAAACCCAACUAGCGGCACAAACUUCUGCAUCAUCAGCAUCAAGCCAAACAAUAAGUUUCCUGCCCGGCAUGACCACGCCGCCGCCACAACCUUUCACCUUUAAAGCUACCGACUGGGAAAAUUGGAUCAUCCGUUUUGAACAAUAUCGUGAAACAACUCGUUUGAAGAUGCUACCAAGCGAGACACAGGUAAACUCAUUACUAUACAUCAUGGGUGCUCAAGCCAAUAACGUCAUCACUUCGAUGAAACUGAGCGAAAGCGACAUGAAAUCUUACGAUAUCGUCAAAGCCAAAUUUGAAUCCUACUACUCAGCCCGAAAAACUAAAAUGUAUAGUAGAGCAAGAUUCAACCAACGCAUUCAAAAUGAAAACGAAUGUAUAGACGACUUCAUAACAGACUUACAUAAUAUAGCAAAAAAAUGUGAGUUUGGAACACUCGAAGAGGAACUUAUACGCGAUCGUAUCGUCGCCGGCAUGAGGGACACGGAGCUCUCGAAGGCUCUUCAAAACCUUGAAGAAGAACCAAAGCUGGAAACUGUAAUCAACAGAGUCAGACAUGCGGAGAUCGUAGAAGCCAAUAGAGCUACACUUAACCCAACAACACAGACCCCAGAAGUAAAUUUCAUUAAUAAAAGGGUGAGUGCUAAAAAGCCUAUAAAACAAACGGGAACCUCUGAAUCCUGCAGAAAAUGUGGACGAACACCGAAGCACAAAUUCGCAGACUGCGAAGCUGCUAAUUCGACCUGCAAAGGCUGUGGACUAAAGGGACACUGGCUGGUUGUAUGCAAAAAGAAAAAAGAAGGCAAGAAAGAAUAUAAAACUGUCAACGAAGUAACAGAAGAAGAUUUUUUCUUUGGAAGCAUAGAAACUUCAGAAAAGAUCAUCGACUCAGUAAAUUCUGCACCACGAGCAGCCCGCUCCAAACCCAAAUAUGCCACUAUAUUUGUAAAUAGCCAAAAAGUGAAAUUUAAAGUUGAUACAGGAGCAUCAGAGACCGUCAUAAGUCCUGAACUGCGUAUUAAGCUACAACUGCCUCAGCCAAUUGUAAUAGAGGAAAAAUUGUUAGGCCCUUGCAAAAUAACACUCCCCUCAAGAGGUGUAUGCCGCAACAUUAAAUUGACAUGGCAGGGCAAAAGUAUGCUCACAGAUGUGUAUGUGCUUGCCGACCAACACACACCAUUACUAGGUCUUACAGAGUGUGACAAUUUUGGCAUUGUGAAAUGGCAUUCUAAAAUCGAAAUUAUGCAAAUAUCCAACCAGAUACUACCUGAAGAGGAAUUCCAAGAACUCUUUACUGGACUAGGUGUCAUGAAAGGCCAAUACUGCAUAAAAUUGAAAGAAAACGCCAAACCAUAUGCUGUUACUACUCCACGGCAUAUCUCCAUACCAAUAAGACCAAAAGUAGAAAAAGCACUGCAAAACCUUCAAGACAUAGGAGUAAUCGAACCUAUAACUCAUCCAACAGAAUGGUGCGCUCCAAUGGUACCUGUCCCGGACAAAAAUGACAACACCAGUGUACGUGUUACAGUCGACUAUACAGAACUGAAUAAAAGCGUCAUGAGGGAAUACCAUCCUUUGCCAACCGUGGAAGAGUGUCUUGCACAACUUGCUGGAUCCAAAUACUUUUCAAAAAUAGAUGCUGUAAAAAGUUAUUUCCAAGUUGAACUUACUGAAGAUUCUAAAGAUCUAACUACUUUCAUCACCCCCUUUGGAAGAUAUAGAUUCAAUAGAAUGCCAAUGGGCAUGAAUUCAUCAAGUGAGAUUUUUCAACGAAAAAUGGCAACAAUACUAGCAGGAGUCAAAGGUUGUAUAAAUCAUGUAGAUGACACCUUAAUACAUGGGAAAACUGUACAAGAACAUGAUGAAAACCUCAAGCAAGUCCUUAAAGCCUUACAGAGAGGAGGAGUAACCUUAAACAAAAAAAAAUGUAUAUUCAGAACUAACGAAUGCACAUUCCUGGGUUAUAAAGUAACAAAUAACGGAAUACAACCCCUACAGGAUAAAGUAAAAGCAAUAAAUAAACUUCCAAUACCUGAAGACUUAACUGCAUUAAGAAGCUUCAUGGGAGCCGUAAAUCAACAUCUCAGAUUCCUACCAAACAUAGCAGAUGUGACAAAACCUCUUCGUGACCUGCUAAAAAAGGAUUCCUCGAGAGAAUGGAAUGCAGAACACACUAAGGCAUUUCAAGAAAUCAAAAAGUUGUUAACUACAGCCCCUCAGUUAGCACACUAUGACCCAAACUUAGAAACCAGAGUCUCGGCAGAUGCAUCACAAUAUGGAAUGGGUGCCGUGAUUGAACAAAAACAUGGAGAUGUUUGGAAACCAGUUCACUUUUGGUCAUCCGCAUUCACACCUACUCAGCAGAGGUAUGCAAUGAUUGAAAAGGAGGCAUGUGCAACAACUAUGGCAUGCGAACGCUUCAAACUCUACCUACAAGGUUUACCAACAUUCACUCUGAGAUCUGACCACAAACCCCUACUUGCCAUAUUAGGAUCAAAACCUAUAGCAGACCUGCCUACAAGACUUCAAAGGUUCAGAAUGAGAAUGACUCCAUUCAACUAUAAAAUAGAACAUGUCCCAGGAAAAUACAUGUACACAGCUGAUAUGCUAUCUAGAGCCCCACUUCCAACUGAAGAAGAAGACAAAGACAUCCUUGAGAGAAGUGAUAAGCUUGACGAGACAACAUUCCUGAGCAUUCACAAAGAAUUGCCUUUCUCUGAUGAUCGUCUUAAAAAAAUAAAAGAAGCUCAACAAGAAGAUGAAAUAUGCAAGAAACUAUAUACAUAUAUAAUGCAUGGAUGGCCUAAUUAUAAAAAUAUUGAAGAAGAAAUAAAGCCAUUUUGGAAACAUAAAGAAGACCUUGUUCUGACCAAUAAAUUAAUUACAUGUGGAUUAAAAAUAUACAUACCUACAACACUAAGAGAAACUAUAAUUGAAAAGCUCCACACUGGACACGUCACUGCUAUCAAGAGCCAAAUGCGAGCCAAACAAGCAGUAUGGUGGCCUACAUGGGAACAUGACAUCACCCUAUGGUCAAACAAAUGUGAGUUCUGUGCUAAAAUGACCACACAAAGGCCCGAACCUCUCAUACCAGGAGAUGUACCUAAAUACCCAUUUGAAAUAAUAGCAGCUGAUCUAUGUACUUACAAAGGAAAAGAAUACCUUGUCGUAAGGGAUGUACUGUCAAACUACCCUGAAAUAGUAUCACUAACAUCUACUACUUCUAUGGCAAUAAUCAACCACCUAAAGUGCAUUAUGGCCAGACAUGGUAUACCCCGCAUCUUAAGAUCUGACAAUGGCCCUCAAUUUGCUUCAAAACAAUUCAAGCAAUUUGCAAGAGACUGGGAAUUUACACAUACCACCUCUAGCCCUCAUUUUCCCCAGAGCAACGGAGCCGCGGAAAUAGGAAUAAAGAUUUUUAAGACUAUAUUUGAUAAAAAUCCAGAAGAUCCUCUACUUGGACUACUUCAUUACAGGACAACACCCAAUAAACUAGGAGUUGCUCCAUCACAAAUUGCUAUGUCUAGACUUCUGAAUACAAACAUACCAACAACAUCUUCAGCACUGAAACCAAAAACACAAGAUAUAGAGCACAUAAGAGAACAAUUACUGAAAAGAAGAGAAAAAGCUAAAGAAAACUAUGACAGAAGGCAUAGAGCCAAAGAACUACCUGAAUUAGAAACUGGGAAAAGAGUAUUCCUACCAAGUGAACAAAUAUAUGGAACAGUCACUGGAAAAAGAGAAGAACCUCGAAGCUACAACAUAUUGACAGAAAAAGGAAGUGAAAUGAGGAAAAAUAGGAAAGCAAUCAUUGAACUACCUGAUCAGACUAAUGGUUUAAAGAAACAGAGCUCUACCCCUGCUCUCACACCAUCUCUGCCAUACUUGUCUUCAUCACCAAGUCAAGAGCCCGUCAUAUGUAUCAUUCCAGAAGACUGCAAUCAACCAAAUACAACUACAGACCAAACAGAGACUAUGAACCACUCGCCACCGACAGAAAUACAACGUCGAACAUCAUCACCUGUAAUGAGACCAAAAACACCAUCAGCGGAGAUCUCAGUAAGCAGUCCCAUACAAGAGCCCAACUCUGAAACUGUUUAUGGAUCACCACAAUCAACUCCUGUCAAUACCCCAGAGUCAUCAUCAUAUUUGUCACUCACAAGUUCAGAGACCUCACCAGAAAAGGAAAUCAUUACCACCAGAUCGGGACGGCAUAACUCAGCGAAGACUUCGAUGGAAGGGAUCGCUUCAGGUGUCGAUGAGUCUACCAGCCAGGUAGUUCCAGGUUCUAGCCAAGAUUCUCAAGAUACUCCCAUUAUACAUGAAACAGAAGCUGCUAAGAAACCUGUCGAGCGACAAAGGACAGCCAGAAUCCAGCCCGAGGUCUUCAACAGUGACCAGCGAUUCAGUCCCAUCAUCGGCGCGUCGAAAGAAAGCAUCGUUGCUUUCUCGAACAAGAAGUCACGGAGACCGAAAUGGUACAUUCCGGACAACCAACUCGAUUACCAGGACUCGAAUUCUCCAUACAUCGAGAAUGUUCCGGAGAUCUUACCUGAAGACGCAACACCUUGCGGGUACGGCGCCAGGCUCAACUCCUGA